AUGCCUCAUUUUCUCGACUACGUUCUUCCAGCCCUCAAGAGGUAUUCUGACAGAACGCUGAUAAAGCUGUUCACGGGCACUCAAGAUGCACCUUCCUGGAAAGCAAUUACUUAUCAGCAAUUCCUGGACGAUACUGAAAGAUUAGCCGGGUUUUGGAUCGAGCGCCUUGGAGAGGUUGGGUUGAAGCAAAAGGAUGUCGUUGGCGUAUGGAUUACGGGUGGAAAGUAUACCGACCUUGUGCACCUUUAUGCCCUCGCUAGGUUGGGCUACAUUCCGCAAAUGCUGAACAAGUCGAUGGCUGUUCAAGGCCACCCUGUCAUCAAGGACAUGCUAACGGCAACACAAGGAAAAGCUAUUCUCUACGACCCUUUUUUCGCCGACUUCGUGAACGACAUCGCCAUUUCCAUGCCCCUUAUAACGGACCUCUCCUCAGUUGACCCUCUUUCGCGAAGGCUGCCAGAUAUUCCCAAUUCCACUGAUGACGAGAUCGGCAUCAUCUUCCAUACGAGCGGGACUACGUCUGGAAAACCCAAGCCUGUCCCCGAGACACACAAAUGGCUACGGUGUCAAGCCCAGAUUCAAUGGGCAGCGAUCUGGCAAGGAGGCAGCGAACAAGCUGUCGUUAACAACCUAGGUUCAUUUGCGAACGUCGGCUCUGCGACGACAAUCAGCUACCUCGGAUGGUCAGGCCACUGCCUCGUCCAAACUUCGAAACCCGAUAUCGACGCACACGAGUUCCUGGCGAUGGUCUCCGACGGCUUGAACUUUGUUAUGCUCUAUGCUCCGUGGUUAUCGAAACUCAUCAACGUUGCCCGCACAGACAAGAAGGUCUACGACGCACUCCGCGGCAUGCGACAGGUCACGUACACCGGAGCUGCGCUGAACCUGGAGGAUGAGCAAUGGCUGGUCGAGAACGGCAUUCCUGCCACCACCAUCUAUGCCACCACUGAGGCAGGUGGAUGCCUCGUAUCCGAUAUCUCAGACGUCAAGACCCUGCCGUCAAUGCACAUUAUCGAGGGCAUCAAGUGCAAACUCUUGCCCACUAGUGGCGUAAACAAGGUCGAGCUUGACGGUGACUCGGAGAAGCGAGCCCGCGGAGGGCAGCUGUACGACUGCUUCAUUCCGGCGGACGCGGAUAAUUGUCCUCACCCGUCGAUCCGCAACCGGCCUGAUGGGCACAUCACUGGGGAUAUUUUCGAGGAGACCACACCUGGUCUUUAUGCAUUCCGUGGAAGGAAUGAUGACUGGAUCCGAACAGGCAAAACUCACUCUUUCUGUGACACCAAGUCCAUCGAGGACAACAUCCUCGUCGUUUGCGCCGACCUUGUCCAGAACUGUGUCGUCGUAGGCCACUACAAGCCCGGCGUUGUACUCCUCGUAGAGCCAACCAUAGUCGACCUGGCCGAUGAGAGCGCAGUGUCGGGGCUCAAAGCCAGGAUUCUCGAACGUCAUGUGUCUUUCAAUAAUAGACUUUUCGACCACGAGAGGAUCAAGCAUGCUUUCCAAAUCGUCGUUGUACCGAGAGGUACCCUUCCCCGUACGAUGGAGAAAGGGAAUAUUAGGAGGAAGGCUACUGAGGACCAACAUGCGACGAUCCUUGAAAAAAUUUACGUUCUACUGAAGACCUGGUAA